AUGGCUCACGACCCGGCGACUCCCCACCACAGCGAAGAGAACGAGAACCAAGAUGCGCAUGUCACAGAUGCAGCUGUCGUAGCAGACAACAGCAGCAGCGCUCUCGACGCUCGGCCCACACGAGUCGCGAGCGCGGGUAUUGCGGGCCCGCCAGUCGUAGAGCAGUCACUUGACGAGCACAAGAGCACGUACCAGGCGGCUGCAACGCCACAGAUUCAGGAGAGCGAAGUGUAUUUUCUCAUUGCCGACUUUUUGAAGCGCCGGUCAGUGUGUCACAAGGCAGCGGACGCUUUGAUCCAAGAACUGGCAGAGCACGAGCUGCUUAAGAGCAGCGUGGACUGGAGCGGCAAGAGCAGGGCAGCCACGUAUGAUGACUAUCGACUACGUCAUCGGGAUCUCUCGGCUGAUCACUUGGUGGAGCUUUUGCAGAGCACAGCAGCGGGAACGUCGUGUACGAGACUUGACAUACUGAAGGGAAGGACAAAGGAAGAAGAAAAUGUGUGUGUGGUGCAGCCGAAGAGUUCGAGUUUACUGGUACAAAGGCGGAGAAAGAGACUGGUGAAGUUGUCUCUGGACGAGAGGACGAAACUGGUCAAGGAUAUUGUGCGCCAGCUGUUUGUGAGGAGACGAGUGACGAGGACACUGACGAUUGUCGAAAAAGUAAUCCAAAAGGACGAGCGGUACCGGAAGUAUACGACGACCGCGACGCGCGUGGAUGAGCUGCCAACGCAAGUACAGCUGAUGUUGUUGAGUGGAGAUGCAGCCGAGAAGACUGCUGCGGACAAAGCGAAGACGGUGGCAGCCGAUGUGCGUGCAUUUAAACAGCUCUUCCAGCUGCGACAGGAGCACGAAGCGGUAGAGAAAGAGAUUGACAUGUUGAUAGACCGCGCAAAGCACUUUGGAUUGCUUGAGACGACGGCACGUACCGGCUGCAAUCAAGUGUCACUUGUCAGACGGCGGGAGGUUAGCUCGCAACAAGAUACGCAGCUCCCGCCAGCGUAUUUGUACAGUCGGAUACGGAGGCUGAAAACGUUGAGUGGACAUUUGCAGAUUCAAGCCUACUGUCUUGCUUAUGAUAAAUCGAGCAAAGUCGUGAUCACUGGAUCGGAUGAUAGACUUGUGAAAAUCUGGUCGUUGAACACAGGGGAUUUGUUGUUUACGCUUCGAGGCCAUGUCGGGAACAUAACAGAUCUGGCUGUAAACCACUCGGAUACGCUGGUGGCCUCAUCGUCCGACGACAAGACUGUGCGAGUGUGGGAAAUUGGUACAGGCGCUCCUGUCGCAGUCUUGGUGGGACAUUCCAGUGUCGUAAAUGCAGUUCGGUUUCAUCCGAGCAAAAAUAUAAUCGUUACGGCCUCGGAUGACGGGCGAUGCUUUUGCUACAAGGUGCCAGAGGUCCCGUUGGUAGUCCAGCCAGAAACAAAGAUCGAGACCGCACGGCGAUUGUAUUCGCUUAAUGCGUACAUGCUGAGUUUGCAUCCCAUCUAUGCGAUGAAGCAUGCUCGUCGAGAAGGCGUCCGUUCGUGCAAAGUGCACUGCGUAACCUUCAGUCGGUGUGGGGACUAUGUAGUCUCAGGCGGUCACGAUGGUAUUGCGCGUGUAUGGGACCUAUCGGUAGCUUCGGCACCCGAUGCGCCUGCCGUAGUGCCACGAUUCCAGCCUACAGAUGAGCCACAGGAAGCACAAGUGCAGGAGCAGCAGCGCAGCGCAUCCGAACCGGGAAGUGGUCUAAUACCCCCAGUGUUUGUCGGAGCAUCUGGAAACCAACCUUUGAAUGUGGAACCCGAGAACUUCUUGACCUCAUCCAUGCAGCAGGCGGCAAGCCAGGUGAACGACACCUCUGCACCUGCAGGUCCAGCCGAUCCAUUUCGCGCCAUGACAUCUCCUAGAGCGUACCUAGCUCUUGAACAGCCGCAGCUUCAGUCUCAACCUCAAUUGCAAUCUCGAAUACCGACGCAACUUCAAGCUGGCGUAGCUAUGCCACUUAUAAACGAUGUGGAAAUUUUGCAGCGUGAGACGACGGCUCGUCAACCACAGCCAGCCCAGGUACAAAGUGACUUGCCUUCUUUAUCGCUUUCCGAUGACGCUGUUCCAAGUAUCGAGCCGAUUGCAUUGUUGCAGGGUCUAAAAGGCCCAGUUUCGAGUAUUGUCUACAGCCACCAGGGCGACUGUAUUGUAACUGCAUCGAUUAAAGACAGCGCGGCGUGGAUUUGGAGGUGGAAACGAAAGUACGAAAGCGUGCAUGGAGCUGUCCUUCUAGCAAAAGAGUCAUCAUCUGAGCAUGAUGACAUCUCAGCUGUGUGCGGGGUUCGUGGCCGCAGAAAGGCGACUCCGGUUGUCGACAUGGUCGCAUGGACACACAACGAUAAACGGCUCAUUACUCUUCAUAGUGUCAAACUUAACUCGGAGUCAGCAGACCCGAUUUGGGAGCAAAGGAUUCGUGUUUGGGAUCCGGAGAGUGGAAAGUUGUUGAUGACGUUGGGUGCAGUUGAUGAAAAGAAGGAGAAUGGGCAUGUGAAUGCAGCAUUUGCACUAAGCGCGCAUCCAACAGAUUGGCGCAUUCUAGUUACAGCAGGGUACGACGGACGUGUGUUUUUGUGGGACAUUUCCACAGGCCGGAUGCUGAAGUCAUUUACCAAUUUGUCCCCGGACUCGAAACCACUUUCCAAUCUAGAUGGUGGUUUUAUACCGAACGGCAACGGCUUUUGCUUCACAGACCAGAUUGGACGAUUGCUUAUAUUUGGUACAGGAAGCGGCGAGCAGUACGCGGCAACGCCAGUGCAGCAGUAUUUCCUGCACGACUACGUGAUGCUCGUAACCGAUGGACAUUAUAACGUGCGAGACCGAGAAACUCGCGAGCUGCCGAGCUUGAUGGAUUCUGGGCCACUGAUGGAUGCCUCGCUGGUUCAGUAUCCACAUCAGCCACCCCAUCUGCUGCCCUAUAAGUUGGCUUCUGCCGAGCAACACGAAAAGAAUCGAAGACGGCGAAUUCAGCAGAGCAAAGAAUCGGAAAUUUUAUGCGGAGUGCGCCAUCAGCUUGAACUAGAGGAGGAUAUUCACUCAUUUCCAUCAGCGGUCGUUAAGUGCGAGGAAAUGGAUUUAAUUCAGAGACAGGAAGUAUUUGCUGCUGCUGCGACGGCACUCGGCACCUCCUCCUACCGACUAAGUGGUGCUCCAGUAACGUUGGCAGAGCUGCGGCGUCGUGGAUCUCGAAGGAAUGUAGAGCAACGGCGCCGACGUGAGAUAUCUGCUGAAGAGCGUGACACAUCAGUGCUAGAGAUCGAGAUAUCUAGUGAGGAUGAUCGAAGUGACGAAGACUUUCAGGUGCCAACACCUCGACAUGCGGCUGCGGAAGGGGAAGAUGACGAAGACGAUGAAGAUGAGGAUGAGUCCGAUUUGGACGACGACGAUUUACUAAGCGAAAAUGAAAGAGCAGUCAUAUCUCCAAUGAGCUCGAGACGGGGACGGCUUCGCAGCUCCCGACAGCGCGAAUUGCCCCGUGCGCGGUUUUCGUUUCGGAGUGGCCGGAGAUUGCAGUCAAGUAAUGACGAGGAACAUCGGGAUGACACCCCUCGGCAGUUGCGGGCCCGAAGAAAUGCAUUGAGAUCUCGUUCCAGGUUGAUUGUCGAUAGCGACAUAGAAGGAGAUGAUGACGUGUCUACAGGUCAGCGCGUGAGUGCUCUUGGACCUGGAAGAGACUUAAGCGAUCGUGGCGACCAGGAUGAGGUUGUUGUCGAGUCAACUGAUGGCAUGAUUUUGGGUGACAAUCAGCUAGAUCGAUUCGAUUUGAGCAUCACGUACAGUCAAAUGCUUGAAGCGAAAAGGGCACAGCUUGAUGCAGUGCCGGUGCCACCAGAGAAUGGAGAGGCUGCAUUGUUACCAUGUGCAUUUUGUGGUGUGGGAGAUGAUGACGCGAUGCUCAAGCUUCCUGGAGACGGCAUGGGUGUAUACCCGUUGAUUUAUGGAGCUCAAAGGGUGUUCGUGCAUGAUCAAUGCGCUAUCGCCUCUCCUCUUUGUUUCAACCGAGACGGCAACUGGUAUAAUGUGGCCAAAGAGAUUCGUCGUGGACGCUCACUGGUCUGUGUUGCAUGCAACAAGCGCGGUGCGACGAUUGGUUGUACGAUCGCCGCAUGUCGUAACUCUUACCAUUGGAAAUGUGCAAUCAGCUUUGGUUGGUCGGUGGACCAAAUGCAGUUCUUCUGUCCAGCUCACCAACCUAGGCGCACGGAACAAGAGGAAGACAAUCAAUCCGCUACAGAAGAUGGUGGGGCCGUCACUGAACCUGCCUCCAAACGAUUUGGUCUGAGAUUCCAUCGCGAGUGGUUGCAACUGACAAGUCUUCGAUCAAUCCAUCAGUACGUUCCACAAGUUGGCGAUUACGUGGUAUACCUGCCAGAAGGACAUCCUGGAUACUUACGUUACGGAGGAAUGCCACACCCGAGAUAUUAUGCGCAAUUAUCCAGGUUCUAUGCUAUUAAGUGUCGUGUCAUUGAUGUAAAGUAUGUUUUCCCAACUGCAGAAGAGCAUACGAGGUGCAACACUAUCAAAUGUGAGCUCUCGCUCGCAGUGCUUGCUGUGCCAACAUCAGCUGCCCGGCCUGCUGGGCAUCACGAAGAGCAGAAACAGGAAGAAGCAACUGCAGAAGCCGAGGUUUCCGACACAAGGGAUAUGUUUCAUCCGGAGUCAUCCCUUUUUGCAGAAUUCACGAGUGUUGACGAGCAGUUGUCUCCUAUUGCGAACGAGCCAUCGACACGCUUCACCUUCAAGAUGCUGUAUCACUCAAACGACGUGGCAAAUUUUCUUGUGCUGGACCAUAUUUACGAAAGCGGGGUGUGCGGCGAUUGGCACAUCGGUGAUCGAGUUCAAAUGCCAUUCGUACAGCUAGAUGAACACGGUCUUGAGAUCGAGGCAAAAAUGUCGUACGGGACCAUUGAAAAUAUCCUUAGGAAGCCUUUUUCGUCGAGCAACUCGGCCGAGGUUUCGCCAUGGGACUGCGUCAUGGUCGAGUGGGAUGACCCGGACGAUGAUACUUGUGCUGUCUGUCCGUGGGAACUUGAGUCGGCGCUACCUGAGGAGCGGCGUGAGAAGCGUGAACUCUCUCUUCGCAGGCGCUCAAUGCGGCUUUUCUUUUCGAGGAAUAUUAUUGGUGAUAAGUGUGAGGCACUCUUACAGGAAUUGGAUCAGGUGUUGGCGCUGUCCAUAUCGCGUGACUUCAUGUAUCCCGUCGACGAAGAAACUUUCAUGGACUAUCCGAUAUCUGUUGCCAAUCCUGUUGAUUUGACCAAGAUCCAGCAGCGACUUCGACAAGGUUAUUACCGUCAAGUGGAGGCGUACUUGGCGGAUGUGAAGCUAGUGAGUACCAACUGCGAGACGUACAACAUUCCGUCGAGCCCAAUCUCUCAGAACUCACGAAACUUGUACUUCGCUGUGUUGACGCAAGCACAACGUCAUUUCCCGCAUCUGUCGCGCGGUGCUAACAAUGUCAAUCGUCAAGAGGCUGUCAGAGAGGCGGUAACCACGACGUAUGCGUAUCCGCCUGACGACUUUGUGACAAACUUUACUGAGGAAUCAGAAGAAACGCGGUUAGAGCUAUUGGAGGUCGGCUUGUUGACCCCGGUGCCCGAGGACAAUCUGUCAGCUCCUGUUGCUACUCUCCACCGCGUCCCGAUCUAG